CUCCGCGCACCACCUCACCGCUUCGCAGCAUUGAUUAUUUUUUGCUGUAGUCUUUUGACUGAAAAUUGGUCUUUAUUGUGGCAAUCUAGUCAUUUCAAACAUCUAAGUAUAUUGUAGAAUCUGGGAUAAUAUCAACAAUGGAAGUAGUAGACACUAAAAAGAAAAAUUCUUCAAAGAUAGUAAGGUACAAACCUCAAAGUGGAAAUCUUGGCGAUGAUCCAUUACCUGAUUAUAUUAACCUGGUAUCGAUGAUAUUCAGCAUGUGUGGACUCAUGCUAAAGAUUAAGUGGUGUGCUUGGGCAUCAAUAUUUGGAUCAUUAGUAAGUUUUGCAAAUUCCAGAUCAAAUGACGAUGGAAGACAAGUUCUUAGCAGUUUUAUGUUAUCAGUAUCAUCUGUUGUGAUGACUUAUCUUCAUAAUCCAGCGCCUAUGACACCACCAUGGUGACGAUGGCAGAAAAAUGUUCGCUGUAUAAAAUUAAAUAAUUAUCCACGUUUGAAGUUCUAGUUAUCUGCUUUCUAAUGCUUGAACGAAUUCAUUCAUCAUAUCUUCUGGCAAAUCAUAAUAUACUUGUUCUUUUGUGAAUCCGUCAUGAAUUUUUAGCAAGUCUUCAAUAGGUACAUUCUCCGAGCCACUGUGCCAGACAGUCAAAGUGUACCUGAAAGUAAUUAUAUGCAUUUGAAAACUAAUACUUGAAGUAUAUAAACAGAAAUUUGAUUAUAUAUAUUGUUUUUUUUUUGUCUCGUGCAAAAUGCAGUUAUUGAAAUCAGGUACUGCCCUGUUUUGAAUAGACUUAGUUAUGCUUUUCAUCAUAUUAUGACAUCAUUUAAGAAAUGAGUGGGUAUGUUUUUCACAUUUUGUUGAGCAAGUUGUUUGUUAAUUA